GUGGUACAUCAUCACCUCCCUCGCCACGACCAUCAGGGCCCCCCUCGCUAGCCCAUUUUUAUCUUUUUAUUUCUCGGACAAAAACCUUCAUCCGGUUUCUAGUCUUUGUUACCGACAACCCGUGUCUGACCUGCAGCCCUCGCCGCCAACAUUGCAAGCUCUCUCCUUUUCUUCCUCGCCGACCACAGCGCCAGCAGCAGCAGCAACAACAAUCAGCAGCAACAACAGCAACCACAACAUGGUUACUGCCACUCGUCUGCUAACAGAGGUGUCCUACCUAGUCGCACACGUCAUCCUCCCCUUCUCAGACGAACAAUUCUAUCUCAUACCCUUCCGAGACCGGAUCAAGGCCUCCAGACCUGGGUACACUUCUGCCAAAGAGGGAAUUUUCAGCUCAAGUCCCAGCCUCCGAUCCCCAAUCCAACUAUGCAGGCGACCAAGGGCCCUCCGCGGCAGACAAACCGUACCCCGACGUCUUGACUGUCCGUUUCGCGUCAGCCUUUAUCCGCCACGCACUGCCUUGGCUACCUUCACGGGAUGGCCUCAACGAGUUGGUGGCCAGUCUCGAGCUCGUAGCAGGCUGCGAAGUCCAGAUCGGCGGCCUUAUCGAGGGAGGGCCUUGCAGUCCGCGCUGAGUCGCACGCGCUUCUGCGAGUCGAUGAAGCUCAUUUCGCGCAUUGUGGCGAGACGCCCCUCUGCCCCGGGAAGCGUUUCUAUCUUUCACUCCAUGUCUCGCUCCUUCUUUCAUUGCUCCUUCCAAGAUAGGGGUUAUUAUCUUUGGAAGAACUCCAGCCUUCCUUCAUCUCGAUUGCUUGAAGAUGUAAUACCUUGACUCAUCGGACUUCUGGUGGCCCAAAUGGAUGAGUACAUGCUAGUAAUGAAGCUAACAUGAUGUCAAUUGACUCACUGCAGAAGAAUGACUACAUACCUUGAUACGUGAAUGGAUGUCUCUGAGGACGGGAGGCACGGGUAUCGUUCAGCUUGUGGUAGAUGAUAGGGUUCGGAAUCCCCGUUUCGGUCGUCAAAUCAUGUAUC